UUUGUUCUGGGAUAAAAAUUAACCAAAAAAGAAGAGAAUGGCCCAUGCAGGUCUCGAACCUGCGACCUUCGCGUUAUUAGCACGACGCUCUAACCAGCUGAGCUAAUAGGCCAUUUGACAAAUUCCCCGUACUUUUUAAUACUAUACUAAAAUAGGAUCGAAAAGAAAGGUUUUCCUGGUUGUGGUCAGCCAAAAGAAAGGUUAGAGAAGCUGAAGCAGAAAACAAAGAAAAAGACGCUUGUUUUUCUACCAAUCCACGCUCUGCAACUCGUCGAAUAGCUAAAACCCUGUUCUUAGUUUUCUAAAAAGCUUAAAAUCACUGGAAAAUUGCAAUCAAUUCAAAACAUAUUGUAAUUCAAAUUCCAAGCGUGAGUUCAUGGCUGAAACUCUGCUUCUACUGGCAGCGACUCUGCGAAAAGUUAUCCGAACAAUCCAAUGCUUGGUCGGCGUCAAGUCACGGAAACAAAGGUGGGUCCCUAUGUAUGGCUUACAUAUCAAGAGGUUCAUGAUGCCGCCCUUCGAAUGGGUUCAGCCAUCAGGAGCCGCGGUGUCAAUCCUGGAGAUCGUUGUGGUAUAUUCGGAUCAAACUGCCCCCAGUGGCUUACUGCAAUGGAGGCCUGUAAUAGCCAUACCAUAACGUAUGUUCCGCUGUAUGACACCCUUGGCUUCACUGAAAGCUGUGGUGGAUGUCUUACAUCUAUUGGCAAUGUUUUUCCUAUGAUGGGAACUGUGGGUGUUCCCAUGACAACUAUUGAAACAAGGCUUGAGUCAGUGCCAGAAAUGGGAUAUGAUGCACUUUCCAGUGUGCCAGGUGGAGAGAUUUGCCUGAGAGGAAAAUCCUUGUUUUCUGGUUACCACAAGCGACAAGAUCUGACAGAGGAAGUCCUUGUUGAUGGGGUGGUUUCAUACUGGUGACAUUGGAGAAUUGCAGCCUAUUGGAGCAACGGAAAUCAUAGAUAGGACAAAGAAUAUAUUUAAACUGUCUCAAGGUGAUUAUGUUGCUGUGGAAAACAUUGAAAGCAAAUACCUGCGAUGCCCUCUUAUCACAUCGAUUUGGGUUUAUGGGAACAGCUUUGAGUCGUUUCUUAUUGCUGUGGUGGUCCCUGACAGAAAGGCGUUGGAGGAUUGGGCAGCAGAGCAUAAUUUGACCGAUGAUUUCAAAUCAUUAUGUCAAAACCUGAAGGCAAGAAAGUACAUUUUGGAUGAGCUCAAUGGUGUUGGUCAGAAGCAGCAACUUCGAGGUUUUGAGCUGUUAAAAGCAGUUCAUUUGGAACCAAAUCCCUUGACAUGGAGAGGGAUCUCAUAACUCCAACAUUCAAACUGAAGAGACCACAGCUACUUAAAUAUUACAAGGGCCGCAUUGAUAAACUGUACAGUGAAGCCAAGGAAGCAAGGGUAUGACAGCAAUGUCAAAAGCCGGAAGCUACUGGAUAAGACCUUUUUACCACAAUUCCCCAAAGAUGUGAUUGCUGAGAGAAGGCAGGUGCUAUCCACAAAGACACUGGAUUUGGAUCCCUGUGAGUCCGUCUAAGUUAGUUUGUGUAUAAAUAAAGAUAAUAUGAAAGUUCUGGUUUGAGAAAUAUAUUGCCCCAAUGUCAGUUAUUUGUGCUUGCAAAUACACACAGAAAUGCUAUAUUCAUUCACUCUUUCAGUAUAAAUGUCAGAUACAUGACAAGAAAUGCUUGCUUACCAAACCAUGUGUAUGGAAGUUAAAGACGAUAAAGAAUUAAUGGCUACUUUACUUCUGAUCUCUCAA